UCCUCGGGACACCCAAGCCCCGUCGCCACCCAUCAGGUCCCCAUGAUCCCCCAGCACGACUCGGCCGCAUAUUCGCCCGGCGUCAUUCCCACGUUCCUGGUGCCGCUCAUCAUCGCCGUGGUCGCUCUUAUGGCCUGCAUAUGUUUCCACUAUCUCCGACGCAUCCACCGGGGCGAUGUUGAUGUUGGCCGCUACAAGCCCUCGGCUCCACCCGCCGUUGUUCACAUCAGCCCGCCGCAAUUAGACGAGUACCACCAAUCCGUCGCCGGUCUGCAGCGACAGGGACCUGUUCCGAAAUCGCCCGUCUCUCGACCAGAGCCUGUCGCAAACAUCGAGACAACUCGAGCCGUAAACCCGUGCCUGAAGCUGAGCCGGGCUGGGACAGAACCUGUCCGCGGUUCCUCCGAGAACCAGGUCAAGUUCAUGCUGCCUCCAACAUCGACACUCACCCGCCGCCCGCCAGCUAUCCCACUCCCGCCUCGACCAUCCUCGCCUUGUUCUGUGAGCACAUCACCUCCUUGCUCACCGGUGCUCACUUCGGCGGCACGAGUAUCAGCCGAACCCAUCUCCAAACGCCUGACCUAUCCUCUCAGCACUCCCGAGUACAAGACUUCCGCACUGCACAGCUCGUCGCUACUGGGAUCAAAGGAAGCUGCAGAUAUCGUCCGAUUCUACGAGGAUAUUCCGUCUCUUUCUUCCAGGCACCCAAGCCAGCGCUACACUCGCCACUCUUCAAUGAUGUCAACUCUGUCUGCAGAUGACACUGAGCCUGGCCAUCAAAGUUGGGGGACCUCCAAGUUCCGCUCCCAGCCUCCGUUUCCGUCUCUCACUCUUCCGUCGCUUGGACGAGCCAGAAUCUCGCGUCCGCUCACGCAUUAUCAUUCGCUGCCUCAUCUUCCGUCAGUCUUGUAUGACUCGGAAACUGGGCUCCUAAACGAGCUCGAGCGCAUCAUUACGACUUUCAGCCAGAGCACAGAAGCGAGAACGCUGCGCUCAUUUGGCACCCUGGACUCGGAGGAAAUGAGGCGGCACUCAGGCGCGGCCGACUCAUGCUGCUCCUCACACCUCGAGGUCCGCACCCAAAAGUCGUCAAGGUUCCUCUCGGAGCUCUAUGAAGAUCUGCGCAAUACUCUCAGUGCAGACGAACAGCGCGAAACUCUUGUCCAGACAAACCCGGAUUGGAGACAAGUCUCGGUCCGAGCUGAUUCAGUUGAUAUGCAGUCGAUCAAAUCGAACGCCGGUCACCUCACCGAGGGUAGCGAUGGCUAAGGGUCCGCGAAAUCCCCGCGGUAGGCUCUAUUCGCUGGCCAAGCUCACUCUACAGCCUCAUAAGGAUAUGCAGUUCUCUGCCGACUGCUCGCCGUUCAUCCGCGAGACACAUGGACCAUCCUAUUUUUGGAACAAUCGCCGUUAUAUUCAAGUGAAUUUCAUCUGUGUUUCCUCGUUCCUGCAGUUGUAGC